AUGGCUCGUUUCGUCGAUCUUGAUGACGAGGACGGCCAGGCGCAGUCAAUGGCUGCUUGGCCGGCGGGCAACCCUCUGGCGCUGCCCGAGCACGGAUCGGCCGUGACUAUGGCGGUUGGGGAUGGAGAUCGAUCGCGCAGGUUUCCCAGCAGGAAGAGCACCAUGACGGAAAAGUCGCAGCAGAAUGGAGAAGAGGCGGCGGCUCACAGUGCUAUGGAGGAGGCGUUUCAGUGUUAUCCCAUCGUCGUCGGCAUUAUUUCCCACAUUGAUCUCAACACCCUCGACUCAUUGGCCCGUGCGAGCCGCUUCAUCCACGAUGGCCUGAUCCAAUAUCGAGCGAGCCUCAUGGGCGCAACGCUGCGCUGCUCUCGAGAGGGCGUCGCGAUCGACCCAGAGCAGACGCUGCGAUACCGCGCCAGGGCGACAGACUGGAAUUACAUGCAAGACGACAACAACUACAACGGCAAGGCGGGCAGCUGCGCUCGCGACAUGGUGGCCGAGUGCAGGAGAUGCGCCGACAUUAUCUGCAGGAAUUGUGCUAUAAAGCCUCCUCUUAUUGCUGCUCUGCGCGAGCGACACCGCCGGCUCUGUGUCACUUGCGUCAAAGCUCCCAUUGCCGCGCUCGCCGUGCCGGCAUUGGAUACAUCUCUGCCUCUGGAUUCAGAUGCCGUGCAGCGCGCAAUCUGCCAGUGCGACACAGAGGGUGUCUGGUUAUGUCAGCCUUGCGGGCAUAGCAUUCGCAAUGCCGACCACGAUUAUAAAGCCAUCUGGCGCUGGCGUACCAAGUACGGAGGCUUUACAGGCAUCGGAGACGGCGACCGCGGCGUCAUCUGCGGCCGCGAAGAAGCCUGCCUUGCUGCUCGCGAGCGCGAAAACGAAAUCGACUGCGAUGCCGAAGACGCCCGCGGCAGCACCCUGGCUCCGUGGUCGACCGGGUCCUCGUCCGGCACGCCGAGCCCGGGCCCACAACACGCCGGCACCACACCCCCCGGCGCCCCCGCCGGGUUUCCCUUUCCUUCAAACGGCACCAUCGAGUCCAUCAUUGACGAGAUCCGCCAUCAGCGGACGCCCUCGCCGCAGCUGGGGCCGGGCUACGAGAGACACGAGAUCGAGGGCAUUGGCGGCAUCGUCAAGAGGAAGCUCGUCCGCAUGGUACGCGUGGGGGCCUGCGUGCCCGAGUGGGAGGACGAAAAGGGCAGCAACAGCAAGAUUCUGGCCCGGGAGGUAAAUGGCGCGGCGCGGAGCUGGUGUGGCUGGUGCUGGAGAGUUAUUCCUGGCGAGAAGGAUAAGAGACAGUGUGCGAAAUGA